GAAGCUCGACGCUGGCUGGCUGGUGUUCGCCCUAAAACAAACAUGGCGUUGGGAGCGAGCGUCAGGCGUCAUUUUCCCAUGCGAAAAGUCGACGACGUUGUCGAAUUAUUCCGAUCCCAACUCGAAAAGGGAGACGAGCCGGACCUGGCCCUGUUAUCCGUCGUCACCGGCUACAUCGAGAACCUCAUGACAUGCCACCGGAGUGUCGCGGUGCCCGUUGAAAACAUCGCCGACGACGCGUCAGCCAAGCAGGCAGCUUUUCCCGUGGUCGAGUACGGUCCCAUCGAAGCUCUCCACGCCAAGUUCGCCUGUCAGGUGAAGGGUUCGGUGGACGCGAGCCUAAUCGAGACGGCGGGCGUGUCCGGGACUCGGGAGUUGAUCAAGCGUGUGUCCGACGUCGUGUGGUCGUCGCUAACUCGGAGCUACUACAAGGAUCGCCCUCACCUUCAGUCUCUCUACAGUUACCUCACCGGCAACAAGCUGGACUGCUUUGGCGUGGCGUUUGCGGUGGUGGCAGCCUGCCAGGCACUGGGGUGCACAGACGUCCACCUGGCCCUCUCUGAAGACCACGCCUGGGUGACUUUCGGACCAGACAACUCGGAGACCGCAGAGGUCACCUGGCACGGCAAGGGCAACGAAGACCGGCGUGGCCAGCCCAUCCCCCAGGACAAGAGCUGGCUGUACCUCAACGGCCACGCCAUCCAGUGCACCAGGGCCACAGAGGUGGCGGCCUUGGUGUCUGCCAUCAACCCCACCAUCGCCGCAGCCACCGACAGUGCCGAACUCAUCUGCCUCCAGCAGCAACUGCUGUGGCUGCUGUAUGACAAGGGCCACCUGCGCAACUACCCGAUGGCCCUGGGCAACCUGGGCGAGCUGGAGGGCCUGUUCCCCAGCCCUGGGCGGCCUCCUCCGCUGGACCUGCUGUCGGAGGCCGUGCACGCAUCGCGCACCUACUACCGGGACUCGCAUGUCUACCCCUACACCUACCUGGGAGGCUACCUUUUCCGAUCGGGCAGGCUCAAGGAAGCACUCAGGGCGUGGGCAGAUGCCGCGGACGUCAUACGCAAGUUCAACUAUGGGCGUGAGGACGAAGAGAUCUACAAGGAGUUCAUGGAGAUAGCCAAUGAGCUCGUGCCCCAGGCAGCCAAGCUGUCUCCCUCGAGCGACGGGGGAAAUCUCCUGCAGGACCCUCGGUGCUUUGCCUGCCUGCUUCGUUUCUACGAUGGGCUCUGUGCUUGGGAAGAAGGCUCAGCGACUCCCGUGCUCCAUAUUGGCUGGGCGCGACCCCUGGUGGCGACCAUCGCCAAGUUUCCGGCCGCUGUCCGUGCGGCCGUCAGGGUCUACGCCUCUACGGGAGAGGAGGGGGAGGAUGUGGAGGAGGAAAGAGAAGAGGGGAAGGAGGAGAAGAAGAAGGGGCAGCCGCAGAAGGGACAGAAGAGGCCCCCACCGCCACCCACGCCCCCCGACGAGGAAUCGAAGAAGAACAGCGAGUGCUCCUCACAAGACAGCACGCUGGUUGAGGGUAAGGCACCCAAGGAAGAGGACUUCCUUCGGAGCCUGGAGAGUCAGCUGGGCCAGAGCAACGGCCCGCCCCACCCCGACAUUGCUGCCCUGGCGGCCGCCUGUGCGGAGAACAUCUUGAACCCGGACUACCUGCUCGGUUGCGGCGAGCCCUUCUCGACCAACAACAACGGCAGCACCAGCAAGGACGGGAAGGCGGAUAGUCGUAACGGCGGAGGGGAGCCUUCUGUCACACUCUCCAGUCAGAAGAUGGCGGGUCUGAGGGAGCUGCUGCUCUCGGAGAAGCUGAACACGUCUGCCAUCCAGCUGCAAGUGACGGCCCAGUCCCAAGUGCAGGUCGUCAGGAGGGGGCAGCAACCCGGGGGAGGAGCCCCCAGCGAGGUGUCUACGAGGCACUCCAAGAGGAUUCGGAGAGAGUAAUAAGGGAGAUUGGCUCUUCCUGGAGACGGGUGCAAUGGGAGAGCUUAAGUCCCUUUUCUGAAGAGGGUGUAACGAGUGGAAAGAGGAGGGAGUAAUAAGGGAGGGUGACUUUUGUCUUGAGGGUUUUAUAAGGGGAUUGUACAGUGGAAAGAGAUGAAAGUUACAAAGGAGGUUGACUCUUGCUUGAGAGGGGCUGUAAUGGGACCUAUGACUCCCUCUCUGAAGAGGGUGUAAUGGGGACAUUGUACAGUGGAAAGGGAAUGGAGAAACAAGGGUGGUUGUUGGCCCUUCUGUGGGUGUUAUUGGGAGAGUUUAGUCCUUCUUCGGCGAGGCUGUGGUGUGUUGAUUGUACAGUGGAAAGAAAGGGUACCAGGGUACAGCUCUAGAGAGAGUUUCAUGGAGGUCUAUAUGAUGGUGCAAAGAGGGGACAGUGCUCUGGAAGGUGCUCAAGAGAGUAACAGUAGAGCUUACCACCUCCAGAGGUUAGCAGUGGGAGAGUUUAGUCAUCUCCCAGAUGGAGUAAUGAUGAUGUUGUACAGUGGGAAAAGAGAUGAUGGAGAUUUCCAAAAGAAGUUUUAAAGGAGGAUUCAUUAUGGAAGCUAGGCAUCACAGAGCAGUUUAUUUUCAGGGGGUAUAAUCUGGAGAUACAAUAGAAAGAAAUAACAUUUCCAGAGCGCAACGUGCCCCCCGAUUUGACACUGCGAUAGAAGUGGCAGGGCAGUGUAUGUUUCAAAGAAGCAAUGAGGUUGCACAUUGAAACAGAAUUCGAAAAGAUGUUAUUGCUUGUUUAUAAGCAGACAAUGCACUAUCAUUUCUCAACUUCUUGACACUUGCAUCUGUUUGGGGUUGAUGACAUCAUGGAUGUUGUGUCCACCUUUGAGUGUCGAAGUGCAGAGUAAUAUAAUGCUCGUAGCAAUCCUUGCCGAUAUGCAAACUCUGGUUAGACGGCAGAAGACAGCUCUAUUGUAAAUUGCGGAACAAUGCAGGGGAUGAACAGAUUUGUAUGCUGCUUUCAGGGUCUGGCUAGUCCGCUUUAAACCACCCUGCAAAACAAUGAGCCAUUGUCUGGCGGUACCGGAACAUCCCAAAAGAUGUAAAAUGCCACAUGGUCUUGUUAGUCAAACGACAUCCCCGAAGCGUUUCCGUACCGUUGGCUUAUUAUCAUGCAACGUGCAACAUUGAGUAUAUUGCAAAGUAUUGGGAAUGUUGAAACUUCAGACGUGCGUCGUCGUCACGAGUUAUGCGUCACACGGCCAGUAAUAUGCCCAUGCUUAACUUUUUUUUUCCCGGUUUUGGUACUAAGAAAAUGGUUCCCAGACUUGUUUCUGGCUUAACAAACGGCAUAACAUCCACCCUUUUGUUUUCGUCCUCUACUGUAUCUAAAUUUUGCCAAUGGUUUUUGGCUUUCUUAAGUGCCCCUUGUGUUUUUAUCACGAGAAUUUUUUCUUCGAAUGAGCACAUAGUGUUUGGUUCUAGUUGCACUGUACCCGACGGUAUUAACGAGUUGGAGCCAAGAGUUUGCCAGCUGUUAACACUCGAAAGCAGUACAAAUGUGUUGUUCACCUUAGCAUGCGUUGCUAUUCCUAAUCUUCGGAUGCCACGACGGGCUUUUGUUGGAGCCAAGGUUGAUGCCAUAUGCGAUGGCCUUGCACCCGGGUGGCUAUUGUAGUGUUCUGUUAUUGUCACGGGUAUGGUACAUACUGGAGCUCUGUUAUGUUUGUAUUUCGAGCGUGGCCAAAAUUUGUCAACAAUAUUACUUGUUUACACGACGCGAUGGCAGUGGGUGCCCGGUAGCGAGUGGCAACAUGUUCCUAUUGCUGUUAAAGUUUACGGGAGGAAAAUUAUAUUCCGUCUUCAUAGAACUUCUGGACUUAUGUCAUAGAAGAUGUCUUGUUUGGCAAGUGGACCUUUCUUUUUGUAAUAUGUUCACUUGAACAGUCGAAAGAGUGACGGAACUUUGUCGCUGCGAGACACAGCAGUUCCUAAAAGGCACAAGCUCCUCGAGAGUUUUGUUGGGGAGACUUGCUCCCAUUUUCGUAGGCCGCAUUUGACCGGAUAGUUUGCUUUCGAACUUCCUCAAGAGCAUCCAAGGGGACGAGAUGCACCUUCGAGACGAAAUUCCAAUUGGUGUCUCAGUCAUCACUUCAUUUUUCACCGACUUCAUUUGCAUCAAUUCGCUUCGUCUCGUCCACUUCAUUUGCAUCGAGUA